GUAUAGGGACUAUGUCGUAAUUCUCAUCAAUCGAUGCAGAACGUAUUUGACUGGAUUGUCACGGCUUUUGAGUUCGCGCUGCGUAAGCCGCCGCCGAGGAAAGUGUACGCGUGGCCGGCUCGUUUGUUCAGUGUGCCCGAGCGUACUCAGUCUGGUACUGUGCCGCUGUAUACCGUUGUGAGGCCGUAAUAGCACCGUCAGACAGUGAGGGCAUCACUGUAAGGAGUAGCGCAGUGGGCAGGAGAGCUGUGGCAAGGGCGCUCGCGCUCGGCCGUCGGAAGACAUCCAGGUCUGGACGAGUUGGCUGCAUCUCAAUUCUCCUCUUGCCAGAUAAGUCUUCUGGUGUCCCGGCCGCGACCAUCGCGCGUUCUCUUCCUUCCCUCACGAGCACCGACUCCUGCCGCGAUGCCCUACAAGCUUUCGGCGACGCUCACUGGUCACACUGCUGAUGUGCGGGCCGUCGCUUCCCCGACCAAUGAUCUCGUCCUCUCUGCUUCGCGGGACAGCACCGCGGUCUCGUGGGUUCGGAACACGGAUGCCCCAGGAUUCAACCAGUCCGUCACCCUGCGGGCGGGUUCACGAUACAUCAAUGCCGUAACAUACCUCCCACCCACACCCGACGAACCGCUAGGAUAUGCGGUGACAGGAGGACAAGACACCGUUAUCAACGUCUUCGCUCUCUCGGCUAACUCAAACGAGCCCGCGUACUCCCUCAUCGGCCACACCGACAACGUAUGCGCUUUAGACUCUGCGCCGGGCGGGUUGGUCAUCUCUGGAUCUUGGGAUCGAACGGCUAAGGUCUGGAAGAACUUCAAGCUGCUCUAUGAUCUCACUGGGCACCAGCAAUCCGUAUGGGCAGUGCUGGCCAUAGACUCUCAACAGUUUCUGACAGGCUCAGCCGACAAUACCAUCAAGUUGUGGAGCCAGCAGAAAAACAUCCGAACGUAUCCCGGGCAUACGCAAGCGGUCCGCGGUCUUGCACUAUACACGGACAUUGGCUUUGCGUCGUGUUCGAACGACAGUGAGAUCAAGAUAUGGACCAUGGAAGGCGACCUUGUCCAUACCCUCUCCGGACAUACAUCAUUCGUGUACAGUAUCUCUGUAUUGGAGAAUGGUGACAUUGUAUCGGGAGGAGAGGAUCGUACAGUGCGCAUCUGGAGAGAUGGAGAGUGUUCCCAGACGAUUGUUCACCCUGCCAUCUCCGUCUGGUCCGUAUCUACCAUGCCAAACGGUGAUAUCGUGACAGGAUGCAGCGAUGGUGUCGUGCGCAUCUUCAGUCAUGACGAUUCCCGUCAGCUCCCGGGAGAAGAACAGAAGGCCUACGACGACCAAGUCGCGAGUCAAGCUCUGCCCGCGCAGCAGAUUGGCGACGUCAAGAAGUCGGAUCUGCCUGGCUUGGAGGCGCUCUCCUCGCCAGGCAACAAACCUGGCGAGGUGAAGAUGAUCCGGAACGGAGACAACGUGGAGGCCCAUCAGUGGGACAGCGCGUCGUCCAGUUGGCAGAAGAUCGGCGACGUCGUGGAUGCCGUCGGCUCCGGGCGGAAGCAGCUAUACGAAGGGAAGGAAUAUGAUCACGUCUUUGAUGUCGAUGUACAGGAAGGCAUGCCUCCCCUCAAGCUACCCUACAAUGCCACCGAGAAUCCAUAUGUAGCUGCGCAGCGGUUCCUGGACGCUCACGAGCUUCCAAUGUCUUACUUAGACGAGGUCGUGAGGUUCAUCGAGAAGAACACGGGUGGCGUGAGUCUAGGUGGCGGGCCCCAGUACUCAGAUCCAUUCACAGGUGGUUCUCGGUAUCAGCCCGCGCAAGCGGGCGCUGCGGGUCGCGGACAGGAUUACAUGGAUCCUUUCACGGGUGCAUCGCGAUACCGUGCCGCGCCGACUGCAUCAUCUGUGACGCCUUCUACAUCGCCUCCUCGGCCUGCCCCUGCGACAUCGUCGAAAGUCAUCCCGGUCCGCACGCCAUUGGCUUUCCGCCAAGCAAAUGUUUCGGCGAUGCAGGCGAAGUUGCACCAGAUCGAUCAAAGCCUUCGGAACGAGAUUUCAACUUCAUCGUUGGCAAUGUAUCCUCAAGAGCGUACCCGCAUCGACGAGUCCUUCGCAUUCCUCUCCGCUCUGGUUUCUCAGCUUGCGCAUUGGAACAACCCACCGCCCGGCACAAAGCCGCCCACGCCACGUCACCUCGAUGCUAUAAGCGCAUUACUUGAGCGAUGGCCUCGGGAGUCGUUGUUCCCUGUGAUGGAUCUUGGUCGCCUCUUGCUUGCAUUCUGCCAGAACUUCUCCCAGGACACACCUCUGAAACAUCGCUUCUUCGCAGCCAUGAUGAACGCGUCGUCGUGGAAGGAUCCUUGGGAGACCCCGCUGUCGCGAUCACGGGAAACGAACACGCUUUUCUUCCUACGCGCCCUCGUGAACACCUUCCAGGAUACUCUGUACGAUGAUGAGGCGUGGGUCAAAUCGAUGCUGCAAGACAUUGUCCAGCAGCCUUACAGCAAUCUAACGAAGGCUCAGCGAGUUGCAUGCGCGACCAUCAUGUUCAACCUCAGUUGCAUCGGCCUAAAAGAGCCGUUGGGGCCGGAGUUGGCCGCGUAUCUGUACAACCUCAUUUUGAAUGGGCUUCAGGAGGAGAAGAGCGAUCCGGAGGCGGCGUACCGCGCGCUGGUGGCGAUAGGAAAUAUCCUGUACGCCGCCAAAGAGAGGGGACAGAAACCAAGCGCGGAGCAACUUACUACUGUCAAGCAGUGCAUGUCGUCGCUCCGUUCGACAUUCUCCGAUGAUCGCGUCAAGAACGUCUCUUCGGAGAUCGAAGACCUGCUACGAUGACCGAAAGACUCUUUUCUGGGCGCACCCGAUGGUAGUGGAUGCUCUCCCCUGGGUUCUUGGCUAUGGUCUCGGCGCCCAUCGGGCAGGCGGGGUGCUUUCUUGCCCCGAGACUACUGGAAGGAUUCACCAAUGUAAUAUGUGUAAAACAGUGCGGUACGGACAGUGAUGAUUUAUAUCAAUAGGCGGUUACAUGGACCGUAAUGGCCGGCAGACUGUAGCACUUCAGAUCUACAUAUUCUUGUCAAUUCGUACGUAGAGAGAGAAGACAGCGUAUGGUAUCCCCGAUUCACAACUCA